AUUAUGUUUAAAUAAUCUACAGGUUUGGAUGUUGCUGAUCAAAUGCGAUGUGGUAACCUCUUCAAAAGUGAUACUGCCCUCUAUCUGCAAGCUGCUACUCUUGGUCACCUGGCAGAAACUAGGCUCCAUUUAUGCAGAGAUUUACUGAUACUGCAGUGUCUGAUGCAGAGGCUAGGUACACAGGCUGGUGUCAGCCAUGAUACGCUUGAGAAAUUACAGAGGGAUUGCAUCCCAAGAACGUCUAUGUUGGUACAUUCAUACUUUGCAGUUUGGUGGCUUAGCCGUGUGAAGGCAACUCAAGUCCAAAGCAAUACUGUUGAAUCAAACCAACGUCAGCUGGCUGCUCUUGAAAUAUCAACCACACAGCACACAGCAGGUCAGGGUGUUUUAACAUCAAGAUGUCGUACAGUUUUGGAACUUUUUCUUGCUGGUGUUGGUGGUCAGCAGAUCCGGACUAAACUGGUUCAGACUGGAAGCUUGUCAGUUGCAACAUGUUCCUUCUGGACUACUAUGUUCCCAUCAGCAGUUAAUCAUUUGUUACAAAUAGUAUGGCCCAAUAGCCCCAACUUCUUAUUGGCUGAGUUUCUUGUUGCUCAGUGCCAGUUCCAUCAACUACAAGUGAGUUUUUGAGUCUGUUGUUUGCUU